UAUGACCCGCGCUGAAGCGCCGAGUCCUGGUUUUUGCAGCGUUGUGGUCGGUGGUCAGUGACACUCUUGCCUCGGUUCCGCGAGCCUUUUCUCUACUAUCCCUGCUGUUGUCGCCGCCGCUGUCGCCUGCUCUGCGGAAUCAUGGUGUGCUUCCGCCUCGCCCCGGUUCCGGGCUCCGGGCUCAUUCUGCUGUGCCUGGUCCUGGGCGCUGUCUCAUCUUAUGCAUUGGAACUUAAUUUGACAGAUUCAGAAAAAGCCACUUGCCUUUAUGCAAAAUGGCAGAUGAAUAUCACAAUACGCUAUGAGACCACAGACAAACAUAAUAAAACUGUAACCAUUUCAGACUUUGGUGCUGCAACGUACAAUGGAAGCUCUUGUGGGGAUGACCAGAAUGGUCCCAAAAUCGCGGUGCAGUUUGGGUCUGGUUUUUCCUGGAUUGUGAAUUUUACAAAGAUGAUAAUAUCUGCUUAUUCAGUUGACACCAUCUCAUUUUCCUACAACACUAAUGAUAACACAACAUUUCCUGAUGCGGAAGAAAAAGGAGUUUUUACUGUUUUUGACCCUGUGGCAUUACGCAUUCCACUGAAUAACAUCUUUAGAUGCAGUAGUUUAUCAACCUUAGAAAAGAGUAAUGUUGUCCAGCACUAUUGGGAUGUUCAUGUGCAAGCUUUUGUCCAAAAUGGCACAGUGAGCACAAAAGAGUUGUUGUGCGAUAAAGAUAAAACUUUAACCACGGUGAAGCCCAUCAUUCCUACCACUGGGCCUUCUCCUACUACAAAACCCUCUCCAAAGGAAAAGCCAAAGAUUGGAUCCUAUUCAGUUGUAAAUAGCAAUGGGACAUGUCUUCUGGCUACCAUGGGACUGCAACUGAACAUUACUCACGAUAAGGUUGCUUCGGUUAUUAACAUCAAUCCCAACCAAACUGAAUACACUGGCAGCUGCCAUCCCCAAACUGCUCUACUUAGCCUGAGCAGCACAACCAUCAAGUAUCUGGACUUCGUCUUUGCUGUGAAAAAUGAAAACCGAUUCUAUCUGAAGGAGGUGAAUGUCAGCAUGUAUUUGUUUAAUGGCACUGUUUUCAGCAUUGCAAAUAACAAUCUCAGCUACUGGGAUGCCCCCCUGGGAAGUUCUUAUAUGUGCAACAAAGAGCAGACUGUUUCAGUGUCUGGACUGUUUCAGAUAAAUACCUUUGAUCUAAGGGUUCAGCCUUUCAAUGUGAUGGAAGGAAAGUAUUCUACAGCUGAAGAAUGUUCUGCUGACUCUGACCUCAACUUUCUUAUUCCUGUUGCAGUGGGUGUGGCCUUGGGCUUCCUUAUAAUUGUUGUCUUUAUCUCUUAUAUGAUUGGAAGAAGGAAAAGUCGUACUGGUUAUCAGUCUGUGUAAUCAAUUAAAUCUAGUGGAGUUUUUUUGUUUUGUUUUUUUGCCAUCAGAGGUUGUGUUUUCCAUUGGCUAAAAGCCAGGAAAUGCUGUGCAAUUGAUUAAGAUAUGCAGAUUAACCUCAGUGAGUUGCUAGCUAACUUGGGCAUGAGUAGCACCAUUAGGACCAAUUUCUUUUUUUUUCUAUUUUUUUCUUCCUUUGUAAAAGUGUAAUUGAAAGAAAAAUUGUGGCUUAGAAUGUUUUUUUUUAGUAAAUAAUGAUUUUUAAGCCUCUGAAUCCAGUUAUGAAAGCAUUUCUACUGAAGUAUAAUUUUGUAUGUUGCACUUACUUGUAUUUUUGCCUUUUUGACAUUAUUUGCAAAGUCAACGCUGUUAGAGAAUUUAACUUGCUUCAGGAAAUAAAUUCAAGAACAUAAUGAAUUCAUCUUCAUUGGUGGCAAACAUAAAAUUUGGUUUGUAAUAAGACUUAGUUUCCCCACUGCCUAAACAAGAUUAUUUAAAUUUUGAUUUAAUUUUCCUGCUAGUUAAAAAAAAAAGGAAAAGAAAGGAAUGUCUUCAUAAUGUAUUUAAUAGCAAAAGUCUGGCUGUUUAUUACUGUUAGUGGCUACUAUAUUUUAACAAGGAUGUCUUUUUUUUUUUUCCCUACUGGAGUUUGGAAUAUAUUGAUUAUCUCAGAUUUGCCAUUUAUGCUGAAGGAUGAAGUAAGAUCUACGAUGUGUUUUUUUGUUUGUUUUGUUUGUUAUUUGAGGUGUUGAUAUAGAACGGGUUAUUUUUUUUUUGAGUUAUGAUUUAGAAUUCUUUUUCCUUUAGAGCCUUAACUUGUUCAGAAAGUUAAUUCAUCCUCUGCUAAAAAAACAAAACAAAGCUUCUCUGUUUUGUGUGCCUCCUGCACUCUCUAAACCCCUGUAUGAAUAAGUUCUAAUUGGUAUUUUUAACGUAUUGGUUUCUUUUUUCUCACAGCAGCAAGCACUAACUCUAGAGGCUAGUGUGCCCUGAAGUAUCAUCAGUCAGAUGGCUGUCUGGCCAGAGCUGGACCAGGAUGAUUCUGUAAAUUUGUUCAUCUUGAUACAGACUUAUAUCCCUGUAGGGACCUCUAAUGGCUCUGGCUGCUGGAGUAAGGUACUAGAGGCCACUCCCAGUGUCUGCUUGAUUGGCUAGGCUAUUGAAUUGUCCUUUGAUUUGGAAGCACAGUGUUGUAUUUCUCUAGUGUCCAAAUGGCUGCUUUGCAUGCCUGUUAUUAGCAUAAGGCAGAUGUUUAUUUUAUCAGGCUAUUUUAUCUCUAUAUAACUCAAAAACAAAAGUUUUCCAAAGAUCUGCCUUCAUUUUAAAUAUGUUCCUUGGAUUAAAAAAUUUAAGCUUAAACCUUAAAUAAAGUUAGUUAUUAAAUCCAAGGAUUAGGUCCCCAUCUACCUCUCAGCACAGUGCAGAUGCUCAGCACUGUAUUGCUGCCAUUAACUGAUGCUAGAGCUCUUUGCCAGUAGUUGAAAUUGGAAAAUUUUGUUUAAAAAAGAAUUCAUCAUCAUCUUUCUUUACUAUCUUUAUAUGUGCAUCUCAAAAGCAUAUAUUCCAAACUGGAGUAGAAAUAGAUCGCUUAACUACAUUUCUCUUAGAACUCUCUGGUUCUGACUUGCAGACUCAAGCUCUCCUCCCUUUGCUAGGUAUAUAAAGAAUGUCUUUUAAAAUGUUCUCCUUUGAAAACAAUUGCUUAUUUGUUAUGUGGUCAAAAUGAUGGCACCAUAAAGAACAGUGGCUUCAUUUCAAUAAAUAUUUUUGAGAUGAUUGUCUAAAAGCCAGGUUAUUUAAAUCAGCUUGUGACCUUGCUAGGUAUAUGGGUUGGAAAAUUCAGAUACAUUUAAAAGUUUUCUACCUUUUGGGUAGAAGACUAACAUCACUAAUUCUUCAUUGGGUAUCAUGGUUUUAUCUUAGUUAAUUAGCAAACGUUUAAUUCUUCCUUGAGAAUUAAGAUUAAUUAAAAUAUAAAAUAUUAACAGAGUUAAAACAAAAACUGCUUCAACUCCAGUAAAAUGCAGGAAGCCCAAAAUAUAUGAACGCAGUGUUCGAUAAGCUUUGCUCACUGAGUUCAUUUUUAUGUCAGUAUAAUAAUGGAUCAGAUAGUAGGACUUUGAAUUCAUGAAUAUAAAGAAUUGUUUUUACCUAAGCUUCUUUGGAAGAACUGAUGCUUGCUGCUACCUAAAGUUUUGGAUAUAUCAAUAUAGUGAACUAAUAAUACCUACAAAAUAAAGCAUACUGUGAUACUCCUGUUUGAUCUGAUAUGUGUGAAUUUUAGACUGAUGGAUUAAAAUAUAAUAAAGAUCAUACAAUCUGUAUCACUAUGGAUAACUUCAUUUUUAUUCCAUGUUCUCAGUCUUAAGAGCUUGGAUUGAUUUGUAAAAUUUGAGUUCCUCAAAUUCUUGUCUCUUGAAUUGUCAGUAGGACUCAUAUGAUCUCAUAGGUCUGCAAAUUAACCAAGUGCCUUCAUUAAGAAGGCAUUAGAAACUUUAAUGCAGACAUUUCAAAUAUGGGGGCCUAUGUGGUCAUGAAAAUUCCAAGAAAGUAUUGAAAAUAUAGUAUGGAAAUCAAAUUUAAGAGCUUCAUAAUUAAAUGUAUUUUUAGCACAUGUAUGUCUGCGUUGAUAAACUGUACUCACUGUUGAAGUUCUUUCCAUUCUGAGCAAGAUACACAUCAGGGAUAUGAUGGGCAGAGAAGGAGCUAUCCAUUUUCUGAAAAUUCCUUUAAAUUGCUUAUAACCCAGCAUAAUGCUCAGGUGUUAUAUGAUUGGAUUAAAUGACAUACAUUCCUUUUUACAUAAGAGACAUUUUUGGUGGGAGAAGGAAUUGAACUUUGGAUCUCUCCAUAGUUCCUAAGUAACAGGGUUUCGUUUUCUCAUAAGUGUUUGAUGGCUUUUAAUUCAGUCAAAAAAUGGCCUUACCUUGCAUUUGUGGGACUGGGGAGGGGGUUCUCUAUAGAACCUGUCUGGUCUCAGCUUCGCCGAAUAUAUUUCAAAACUACACCUCACAGAGCCUCUGAAAGAAGCACUUUAAGAUUACUGAUAACAAGUAGAGUGGUUCUAUAUAUGUUGCCAUGUAUCUAAAAAAGUCAACUUGGAGGUCCAUCUUUUUAAAUUCAUUGUGUAUACUAGAACUGCCUAUUUCUAAGGAAACAUUUUGCUUUCUCUUUGCUUUCAUUGUCUGUAUGUAUUUUGAUGGCAGUUGUAAAUUUGAGUCCCUCUGUUUCAGGAGAUAAUGAACAGGAGAAAUCUUGGUAUGCAAUACAUUUUUAGUAGGAAAAUGCAGCUAUAGUUUAUUGAGCAGUUACAGUGCUGUGCACUUGACAUGCAUUUCAUUUAAUUCUCACAGCAACUCUCUGAGGUUGGGCAAUAUCAUUCCCAGUUUACAGGAGGUAACUGAGGCUUGAGUUGGUUACUUAACAAUAAGUCCCACAAAGAGUAAGUGACAAAACUGACAUUUGAGCCCAGCUCUGUCUGCCUUCAAAGACUGUGCUCUUAACCACUAUGCAUCCUGGCUGCUAAGAAGCAGUAGAUUUUUAAAAAGCCAUAUACCUUAUAUUAAAUGGUUACAGAAAUCUGACUUCUGUACUCUCCUGUCCUGCAUGUGGUCACCCUGUAAAUGUUCUUCAGUAUUCUUAAAAUAACUUGAGUUUUGUCGAGCCCACUUGAAGUGAGGACAGAUGUGGCAGCAUGCCUUUGAAAGAUCAAACCAAGGCCAGUUUGUGCUUUACCUCAUUAGUAAUGUUAAGCCUUGAAUGUCACUUUUUUUUCAGAGUUGUAUCAUCUAGUUAUUCUGAUCAUGUAUCAUUAUCAUUCUGCCCUCAAACUGUUCUGCACCAUGAAAUCAUUUUGACUGUGCAUUAGUGUGUUUAAGAGACUAAAUGGAACUGUCUCUCUCCUCACUUUACCUAAAUUAAUGCUAUCCCUACCCCCCAGCCAUCCCCCAGCUUUAAGUGCAGUAUAGCCAUGACCCUCAGCAGUUGUUGCUAGGUGGUUCUGAGCCUUAAUACGCAGUUCUUACUCUUCGAUCUAGAGCCUUUUUGAGAGGAUUUCAAGAAAUCCUUAUGUACAUAAAGUUUCCAGCCAUAAUCUGCAACACUUCCUGUCCCACCUCAUUUACUCUCUUGUACUCGCUCCACUCCAGCCAUACUGGCCUCCUUGCUAAUCCUCAAAGACCCUAAGGGUGCCCUCACUUCAAGGCUCUUUGCUUGCUCUGCAUUCUACCUGGAAAAAUAUUCCCCAGCUAUGCUCAUGGCUCACCCUCUAGUCCCAUUCACCUAGUCAGGGAAGCAUUCUCUGAGCACUCUUAUCUAAUACAGCACUUGUCACCCACCACUUCCCAUCCUCUGUACUCUUUCACUUCUAUUACUUGUCACCUGUUACCAUCUGACAUACUAUGUAUUUGACCUGUUAAUCUGUAUUUCAUGUAUGUCUCCCACUAGAAGGUAAACUUCGAGAGAGCAAGAAUCUGCUGUGUUUACUAGUCCGUCUCAGUUCCCAGAAGAGUGCCUGGCACAUAGUUCACACUGAAUAAAUAUUUGCUGAUGGAUGAGUGGUCGUCUUGUGUAAUAGCUAAACACUUAUCAAGCACCUACUACCUUCUUUCAUCAAAUCUAAGAUGCCAUCAGUUGUAAGAUAAAUACUGCCAAUUAAACUGUGAGAGGCCUACUGGUUUCAAAAAUGUGGGAAAAAAUGUACAUCUUACUGUUUUUCUUCUUUUUUGGCCGUGUGGCACAGCAUUUCAGUUCCCCAACAAGGAACUGAACUCGGGCCACGGCAGUGAAAGCCUGCAAUCCUAACCGCUGGGCCACCAGGGAACUCCCCAAAAUGUACAUCUUAGAGUUGAUAUGCACCACGCACUGUGGAGAGUGCUCUAUGUGGAUUAUAACACUAUUAAUCCAUUGAAUGCAUUUGGGAUUCAGACCCAAGUGGUCAGAGCCAAUGCCUUUAAGCACUCUACCAUUACAACCUCCCUUUAGGAUGACAUACUGCUUCUUGUGUCAUUUUCAAUUCCAAAAAUAGAAGUCUGUCUGUGGUGGCUAUGAUUUUCAAUUUUAAAGCAGAAUAUUUAAUAUUCAUGUUUCCUUUUAAAUGCUACAUAGCAUAGGAUGGCAGGUAUAUCAGAAAAGAAUUUGAAUCCUAGCUCUUAAUGCACAGCGGUGCAGUAAAGUAAUUUAGACACGGUACUGAACCUCUCUAAACCUAGGUUUCUCCAUCUGUAAGAUGGAGGUGGUACUACUACAUAUCUUGUAGGGUUUUAAAUGCCACCAAAUAUACAUAGUAAGCAAUAAAAGUGAGCUUUUUUUAUGAUACAGAUUGGAAUCUUCCUAAAGAUGGUAGAUGUCAAAUGUUUAGACAAGAUCAUGGAAAGAGGAAGUGAAGAGAGAGAGUAGGGCUGAGAUUAAAGCUUUAAGGAACAGAAAUCCACUCAAACUAGGUUAAAAAAAAAAGAGGAGUGAAUUAUGAAGUGAUUGGAUAAGUCUCUCAGAAUCCAAUUGAAGGAAGUACAUCUGGGACUCAAAGGAGUAGAGUUAAAUUACAAAGCUUCAACUAAGAAUAAACAGGUGAUAACUACUAAGAAAGUUUAGAAAAAAAUAAAUGUGAUAACUUGCACUGCAUUUAUUAAGGUGUGUUAUAAAGCUAGGGUGAAAUGUUAGGUGGAUAUAAUAAUAGACCAACAAUUUAAUGGACAACACACACACAGUGUAUUUGGUAUUUGAUAAAGAUGUUCUUUUCAGAUCAAUGGGGAAAGAAUGGAACAUUGAAGAAUGAUGCUGAGAUACUAAGUUGGUUAUUUGGGGGAAAAUACUUUGAGACCUACCUCAUAAGUACCAAAAUAAAUUCCAAGGAUGAUUGAGUUAAAUUUUUUAAAACUGUAAAAGAUACAGAAUCAAAUAUAGAUGGUUGUAUCUUAUCUCAAAAGAAAGGCCUUCCUAAGCAUAAAAGAAAAAGAAGUGACAGUGGAAAGGAUUUCAGUAUAUAAAAAUUUAAUACUUCUGACUAUCAAAAUGCCAUCACACACGAAUAUAAAGAUAAACUACAAACAAGGAAAAAUACUUGCAUCUUAAGUAUGACAAAGGGUUAGUUUAAUAUCCUUACUAUUGAAUAAAUACAAAAUGAUAAAUAUUGCAUGAGUACACUUGAAUAAGGACCUGAAUAGCUAAGUCAUGACAGAAGAAAUACAAAUGGAUAAGCAGUUUGAAAAAAAAAUCCAUCUUUCUAAUAAGCAAAGAAAUAUAAAUCAAAACAAGAUAUCUUUCAAACUGGUUAAGAUAUUUUUAAUGAUUAUAUUUACUCUUGGGCACAGUACAGAAAACUCUGCACACUAACACAGUGUUGAGAGUGAAAUGAAAAUUUGGAAAAUCUAAAUUCCCAAUGAGGUAGAACUGCUUAAGUAAAUUGAAACACUGACAUGACAGCAUGUUACAUGGCCAUUUAAAGUCAGAUUCUCAAACAAUUCAAAUAUGAGACAAUGUUCGUGUUUUACUGUUAAGUGAAAAACAAAUGUAGGAAAGAAAUACGUAUCAUUUUUAUUUUUUUGGUAGGUAAAUCUAUGUAUCUAUAUAACUGCUCCUCUGCCAUCCAAGAAAUGCUUCUCCCAAUCCCUAUACCUUCCCCCAUGCGGAGUGCAGAGCCCACCACAGAAAGGAUCCAGAUUUGAGCCACUACUUUCACAGCUGAGGAAGCUAUGGAAAAGUAUGUACCAUGUUGUGUCUUCGUAUAUAUGUAUGUGGAUAUAAAUAUGCAUAUGUGUGUAUGUAUAAAGUAAAUACAUUAAAAUAUAAACAGCAGUCACC